AUGAAAGUGAUAACUGCAGAAAGACAAUGGCCGACAGACCCUUACAAGGAAUCCAAUGUAGACUUCAUCGUACAUCUCGGAAGGUUCAAUAAAACAGCACAUACGCCUAAGGAAAUUCUCAGAGUAAACUUUCGCAUAUUGAAAACAUUUGUGGCAGCAAUGAAAUAUUUGAUGAAACAACUGAAACGCCUCCAAGGGGCCGAAGGACUGGUUACCAACGAACUUAGAUCUAUGAAAAAUCACACCAAGGCACUCAUAAAUCAUCUGCAAAAAAUCGUUAAAAUCAUUCAAGGACGAGGGAACAACAAUACACCGCAAGGUACCCAACAGAGGAAUGGCACUGUCAACAAACCAUGGAAUCGUCCUCCAGCAACACAAACUUCUCAAGAUGUACUGCUACACAUCAAACUUAUGUUGGACGAAUUUUAUGGACAAGUAGAAACACUUAUCACUGAUUUAAAGGAAAUUAAAGGAAUAACUUGUAAUUAAGAUCUGCUGGAAAAACC